CUGAUGGAAAACAGGACAGAAGUGGCAGAGUUCAUCCUCCUAGGCCUAACCAGUGCCCCAGAACUGCGAAUCCCUCUCUUUGUAAUAUUCCUUCUCAUCUACCUCAUCAAUAUGGCUGGGAACCUGGGGAUGCUCCUGCUGAUCCUGCUGGACCCUCGUCUGCACACUCCCAUGUACUGUUUCCUGGGUAACCUGUCUCUGGUGGACAUCUGCUACUCCUCAGCUGUCACUCCCACGGUUGUAUCUGGGCUCCUGAUAGGAAAGAAGGUCAUUUCCUACAAUGCCUGUGCUGCUCAGAUGUUCCUGUUUGCAGCCUUUGCCACCGCGGAAAAUUUUCUCUUGGCAGCCAUGGCCUAUGACCGCUAUACCGCAGUGUGCAAACCCCUGCACUACACCUCCACCAUGACUACAGGGGUGUGUGCAUGCCUGACCCUGGGCUGCUAUGUUGGUGGCUUCCUGAAUGCCUCCAUCCACACCGGGGACACUUUCAGUCUCUCCUUCUGUGAGUCCACUGUGGUCCAUCAGUUUUUCUGCGAUGUCCCAGCAGUCAUGGUUCUCUCUUGCUCUGAUAGACAUGUCAGCGAGAUGGUUCUUGUAUAUGCAGCGAGCUUUGUUAUCUGCUCUGCUCUCUUUGUUAUUUUGGUAUCCUACACGUUCAUUUUUGUCACUCUCCUAAACAUGCGCUCAGCUUCAGGACACCAGAAGGCUCUGUCCACCUGCGUCUCUCACCUCACUGCCGUCUCCAUCUUCUACGGGACUCUCAUCUUCAUGUACCUGCAGCCCAGCUCCAGUCACUCCAUGGACACAGACAAGAUGGCGUCCAUGUUCUACACCAUGGAGAUCCCCAUGCUGAACCCACUGGUCUACAGCCUGAGGAACAAGGAGGUCAAGGGUGCAUUCAAAAGGUGGUGGAGAAGGCAAAGCAUUUUCUAG